AUGAGUAACGUGUUCGACAGACUGAAGAAGCAGAGGUCCAAAGAAUGCAAGGCAACAGAUUUUUACGAAGUGAAAAACAAAAAUGACGACAUUUACGAAGUGGUAGAUGAAGAAGGCUACAUUGAAAACAAAAACUCCUUAAAGAAUUUCAUCGUUGGGGGCGAGAAGGACUUUGACUCAAGCGAUGACGUCAUUGUGGAGGACAUUAACUACGGCCUUCUUCGGAAGAAGACAGCAGCGGCAGCGGCAGUGGUUGAGAAGGGAACCAAGGCCAAGAGGAAUACACCCAUUGACGAUUUCAUUCGAGAAAAAAAAAUUCAGAAGAUUUUUCACACAGGUAAAUUAAGCAAGGAAGAAAUAUCCAAGGCAAAAAAUAUUGAACGGUUGAUGGACGCGAACUCCUCUUCUAGUGGCACCGACUCAGAUCACUUCAACACCAAGAAAAAGACAAGAGACUCCUACGAAAGGGAUCGUAAAGAAAAAACGGGAUGUCAAAUUAGGCAUAUAAACCCUGGCAUUAAUAAACAUACGUAUAUUAGUCAACUCAAAGGCAGUGCUAUUGUAGACCUCGAGAAAGAAGAGGUUCAUUCAGGCAGGCAUCAUCAUCUGGCACCCUCUGGGGGGGUGUCGCCAAAAAGCUGUGUUCUACAUGCAGAAAAGAAAAAUGACUCAAAAACUUUUUUUCCUGAAAAAGGGACCACAGAUGGAGAGAUAAAAACGCAAGUGAAGGGAAUGUUGGAGGCAAGUGGUGGGGGGGUUGUUGUGGAAGAUGAGGCACAGGAGGGAGGCAAGAAGAGGAGACUACUCACGGGGGAACACACUCCAUAUGAGGCUACACACGUAGCAGAGGUAAUUACAACGCAGAGUUGCAAAGGGCAGGAAGAAGAAGAAGGUGCAAAGAAGGAAGCAAGUGAAACUUGUGUACCUCUGUGGGGUGUGAAGCAGGAGAGUAGAAUAGAAGAGCAACAAACUGAUCAGGGUAGUGUUGUGUCGAGGCUUCAGGAAAACCACCCCGUGGAGACAUACCUUCAAAUGGGAGACCUGCCAUCCGUGACGCAGCAAAUGAAGAAGGAACCGAUUGGAAGUACUUUCGAAGGGGAAGAGGAACAAGAAUGGAAUCGUCUCAGCGCAGUAAGUGGGUUGAAGAAUAAAUCAGAUGAGCUAGUCACGAAUGAAGAAACUGGUUUUGUUAAUGUGUACGUAUUUGAUAUAUGCAAACACAGAAACAGUAUUAUUAUGUUUGGAAGGACCUUGACCAAGUUUAAGCUGUAUAGAAGUGUCAGCAUAUACAUUGAGGACAUGUACAGGUGCUACUACUUCCUGUUGACAAAAAAUAUAAUUUAUAAAAAAGAUGGAGUCGAAAUCACCUGUGGGCAUAAAAAUUAUAACACAUGUAUUUUAUCGGAUUUCCUAGAGGAGUUCCAAGCGGUGAGGAAGUACCAUAACAUUGAGAGCAUCAAGUGUAAAAUUGUUAAGCGAAGAAAUUUAAAUAUAAACUCGAGUGAUGAAGAUGUGUAUGCGAAAGUUUUUUACACAUACAACUGUGACCCCAUCAGCGACAAGUUCCUCUCUGGAAGGACCUACACCUCUUUCUACUGCUGCAAUGAAGACAUUAUCGAAAAUUUUGUUAUUAAAAAAAAUUUGAAACUCCCCUGCUGGGUGAAGGUGAAAGGGGUCAAAGUGAACCUCACUAAUAAUUUGACCUACUGCUACUUCGACUGCACUACGGCCAACUGGAAGAAUGUCUACCCGGUGGAGAAGCGACUCGAGGGGAAGGUGUCCUCUGGGGAGGCCCCCGCGCGCACGAUGAACGCGAUGAACGCGGUUAGCGGCGUGAGCAGCGGUGUGAGUAACGGUGCAGCUGCCACUCCCCAAACAAGUUGCAACGCCCCGGAGGAGACGCAAAAAAAGGGGGACGCCAGCACGGGGGGGACCACCCACCUGAUCGACCUGGACUUGAACAAAGUCAUUAUCAAGGUGGUGUCUCUCCUGAACGAACAGAACCACCACGAGGUGUUCAGCAUCUGUUCCAUGGUCGAAGCACAAGGAUUAAAGUAUAUAAAUUUCUGCGGCAUAUCUUCAAAGGCAGGAAAAAAAAACCUCUACACAUAUAACAAGAACAAUGCCAAGGUAUUCGACUCAGAGAAAAAUCUCCUCGAGGCUUUUCUACAAAAGUUAAGAACCCUCGACACCGACAUCUACAUAGGUUACAAUAUUUUAAAUUUCGAUUUGGAGUUCAUUAUACAUAGAUGCAACGUGCAUAACCUGAAUGCAGACUUUCUAAGCAGGAAAAAGAAGCUGAAGAAAAAUGACAAAAUGAAAGUGAAUAAGUUUAAUGGUACAAGUAGCACAGGGUCCAUGUACAACAUCAUUCAGCAUAUAAAAGGAAGGCUCAUAGUGGACAUCUACCUGUUGUGUAAAGAUUUGAUUAAACUUACUAGCUACAGCAUGGACGAGAUAAUUGAUAAUGUGAGGAACAAAUUUCAGGAGAGAGGAGGUCGCACGGCAAACUCAACCAAUAAGACAGUCAGCGGCGCGUCGUCUGGUACUCCCCCUCCCAACGUGUUCAAAGACUUCUCCGUAAACAAUAUAAACCUUCUCAACUGUAGCAACAUUCACCUGUACGACGCGCAAGAGAUACUUGAAAAUCACCUGAACAUGUACAUACAUAGCCAACUUUUCUGCGUGCAAGAAAUUGGAAAUGUGUGCAAGGUCUUGCAGAUCAUUGAGAAGACUAGGGACCUGACCAAAUUAAGUGGGUACCUUUGGUCGAGGAGUCUUCUAUGCUACACCAGCGAAAGGAUUGAAUAUUUUCUCCUCCACGAGUAUAAUAGGAAGAAAUUUAUCACUCCUGUGGUUAAGAAGAGAAUUAAAAAGAUUGAAAAUGAACAAGUAAAAAAUAAAGGUGCAGCAAAAUAUUCAGGGGGACUUGUACUGGACCCCCUCUGUGGCUACUACGACACGUUCGUACUCUACUUGGACUUCAACAGCCUGUACCCUUCCAUUAUCAUCGAGUACAAUGUGUGCUUUAGUACUUUGAAGGGGAAGGGUGUACACACCGACAUGGAAAUCAACAACGGAGUGGAAACCUCAAAUAGGGCGGCGAAUGAUGACAUGGACAAGGAGUUGGGCGAUCCGGCAGACUCCACAGAUGUAACGGAAGGGGACCCUGGUGAGGUCCUGAACCCAAACGAAGAUAUCGAAAUUGAUAAUUUCGAUAAAAGCAAACCUGGUAUCCUACCUUCUAUCCUUAAGAACCUUGUGGAAAAAAGAGCCUUUAUAAAAAAGCUAAUUGCAAAUGAAAAGAAUAAAGAAAAGAAAGAAUUGUUACUAAUCCAAUCUCUCUCCAUUAAACUCAUAAGCAAUAGCAUAUAUGGUUGCCUGGGGAAUACAAACAACCGAUUCUACGCUAAACACAUCGCUUCUUUUAUUACACUCAAGGGAAGGAACUUACUCCAGCACACCAAGUCUAGGGUCGAGAGAGAAUUUAACUUGAAAGUCAUUUAUGGUGAUACAGAUUCUAUUAUGAUUGACACAGGAUUAAAGGCGCAGGGAGUUAAUAAUUAUAAAGAGGCUUUCAGAUUAGCCCACGUGAUUAAGAACACCAUUAACAAAAGUUAUAAGAAACUCGAACUAGACCUCGAGUGUAUAUUUAGUAAGCUGCUCCUGUUGAAGAAGAAGAAGUAUGCUUGUGCAAAGGUCAUGGAUGCAAACAUGGAGCGAUGUGAAUACGAAAUGAAGGGAAUCAAUUUCAUUAAAAGGGAUUUCAGCAAAAUUUCAAAGCUGAUUGGAAAUGAGGUGUUGAAGAUUAUUUUUAGUGGCAACGAUGGGAAGGGCGCGGCUGACGGCGUGCAGGUCCCCGUGGAAAACGACCUCUCGGAGCAGAUCCACGAGUACCUGCGCGGCGUGCACCAGCGGAUUCAAGCAGACGAGUUCGAUCUGGACUUCUUCGUAAUCACUAAAAAGCUGACGAAGAACGUGAGCGAGUAUCAGGAGAAGAACUCGCUGGGGCACGUGUUGGUGGCGGAACGAAUGAUGAAGGACGGGUAUAACAUCUGUGUCAAUAAGGAGAUACAAUACUGCGUGUGCACGAGUGAGGACGCGUGUAAAUUCUUCAACAAGUCAGGAGGUGAAAAGCUUAGCAACUCCCUUUGCUGUUUCAGUGUGAGCGAAAUACAAAAGUAUAAUAUGAAAAUUGAUAAGGACUACUACAUACGGAAUCAAAUCCUCGCUCCUAUUGGCCGUCUGUGUCAGUAUAUUGAAGGAACCAACACAGAAAAAUUGGCUUCAUGUUUUAACAUCUUCGAUGUAAGAGAAAUAAAAAGUGACCUACAAAUUGAAGAGAAUUAUCACGAGGCAAAUGUCUUGUCCUUACUGAAUGAGUCAGAGGAGAGGUUCAAGGAUAUUCACUUGAAGGGUUACCUGACUUGUUCAUACUGUGCACACAACGUCAAACCAGCUAUCUUCAUAAAAUACUUCCGGUGCAAUAACUGUCUUAAAUAUUUGUCAAUUGAAAAAAUAAGGAAUUAUAUUUUUUCCUUCAUUCAUCACUUAUUUGCUACCUUCUACAAGCAGCUUUACGUUUGUAGUAGCUGCCUGGUCAAGACCAGACGUGUGUUUCUUAAUGAGAAUAAGGACUGCCCAAGCCUCAACUGCGAAAACCCCAAGGGUGCCCUCAAGCCGCUCGUUUCGAAGAAGUACAUCUACCUCAUGCUCGAGUACUUUCUCUUUUUGCUCAGGGACAAUUUGAGGGAGGUUCCGGAACAUCUCGUCGAGGGGAACGUGCGGGAAGGAGCCAGCGGUCAGGAGAAGUCAGACCAACACGCCACUGCGGACGCCGCUGCGAAGCCAGACCGGCACGCCACCACCAACCCCUCUGAGGGAACAACCCCGUACGCAUCCGACGUCUUCCUUCACGUCUGCGUCGAUGAAAAAUUUAAAACGCACAUAUUUACUGACCAAAAAACGCAGAAGAAAAAUCUCAAUGUGGAGGCCUACGACGAUAUAUGCAACAAGAAGCAACUCGGGCUUACCAUAACGAAGGGCCUACAGAUGAAGUACCCAAACAUUUCCAACUUCCUCACCUACUUGAACUUGAAGAGCAGUCAGUUCUGCAUUAACUACAAUGAGGAGAGGAACACCAUUCGCCAAUCCUUGCAGAGCCUCGUCCGCAACAAUGUGUAUGCGCAAAUUUACUUCGACAAGGUCUUCUCCAUCUUCCAGCAACCGCUGACCUCGAAAAUUGCAGAGUUGUGA